AUGGGUACAGCUGAUGAUCGGUAUGCAUUGGAGGUUGAAUUUCAAGAUACAACAACUCAUGUGGACCCGAUGUCAAAUGAAGAGCUAGAUGCUUCAACACAUGUUGCAACGUCAUCACAUUUGACAACUCAUGUCCCACCAAGUCAAUCAACUUCUUCUACAUAUGUCUCAUCAACUCAAUCAACUCCUUCCACCAAUGUCCCACCAACUCCUAAUGUGGUACAAGAUUGCACCAAUGUCUCACCAACUCAAUCAACUCCUUCCACCAAUAAGAAAUACUCUGUUUGUCCACCUAAUGCUAUAUGGGCUAGAAAUAACUUUGAACUUCGAGGUCAAAAACUGAUGAAAGAUAGUUUGAGUAAGGCUCAUAGAGAUGAGAAGAAGCCAAGGUGGCUUGGAGAUCAUGUAUGGAAUGGGCUAUGUGAGCAUUGGGAAACUCCGAAGUUCAAGGAGAAAAAUGUCAAAGCAAAGGCAAAUCAGGCAUCUGAUCGUGAAGGAUUUGGAGGGACCCUUCACAUUGGUGGCUCUAUCACAACAUCUCAACAUAGAGACAAUUUGAUGAAGAAAAAUGGAUUCAACCCUUCUCCACUAGACUUGUUUCGCUCUACACAUCAACGCAAGGAUGACACAUUUGUGGAUAAGAAAUCAGAGCAUGUAGAUGGUACAUAUGUACGUGAAAUGGAAGAUAGGACGCAAAGAGCAUAUGAGCAAAAUCUUCCUCCGCCAAAUGAGCUAGAUGUGUGGCGUGAAGUGGCUGGCAUGAAAAAGAGUAGAAUAUAUGGGUUGGGAUUGGAGUUCACUGUUACAAAUAAACAAUAUCAUGGCUCAUGUUCUUCAUCAACUGAAUGGGUAAGAAGAUCAUAA